GUUUUAUUGUUAACUUUUUCAUUGUACAUUAACUGGUUACUGCUCAAUGUUAUGACUAUUUUCUAAGGAGGAAUUUUUGCUUGUUACUUAUUUGUAGUUAUUAUUUAUUAUUGGCUCACUUCAUCUUUAAAUUUAUGUACUAAAAAUAUUGAGCGAUUAUAUUUGUUCCAGCUAUGUCUUAAGUCAAACAAUUUGUCAUAAAUCAAUUUUGUAUUGAAUCAUUUAGAUUUUCUGAUUAUAAAAAAAAUAUGGAAGAUUGUCCUCAUUUUACUAUUCGUCAUUUAACUGCUAUAGAAAAAAGUAUUGAUUUUUUAGAACAUAAUGCUGGUAUUUUAACUUGCUGCUCUUGUCAUUCUAAAAAACCAGAAGUAUGGUUUUGUAUAAGUCCUAACUGUGAACAAGCAUUCUGCUAUGAUGGAGGUUGUGAUCAUAGUUAUUAUCAUUUUACGGAAAACAAAAGUCAUUGCUUACACCUUAGUCUGCCAUCCAUGCGACUUUGCUGUUAUGUAUGUGACAAAGAAUAUAAUAUAGAGAAAAAUCCAAGAACAUUAAAUGGUGUACGAAGAGGAUCAAAUUGUUCUAUUGAAUUUUGUCGUAAUAACAUAGUUGCUAACAAUAGUGGUGAAUCUUCUGAAGAAGAUUCAGAUGAUGAGUAUAGAUUGACAAAAGAUCACAAACCCACAGGAUUAACUGGUCUUCAGAAUAUAGGUAAUACCUGCUAUAUGAAUGCAGCUCUUCAAGCACUGUCUAAUACUCCUCCAUUGACUGAGUAUUUUCUUACCUGUUUUUCUGAAAAUUCGUGUCAACAAUCAGAAAAUCCAUUAAAUCUUUCUAGAGCAUAUCAUCGUCUUAUACAAGAAAUGUGGCAUACUAAAAGACCAGGCUAUGUGACACCAACUGCAAUUUUAUACACAAUGCGAAAUGUAUACCCAAUGUUCAGAGGUUUCCAUCAACAUGAUACUCAAGAAUUUUUGAGAUGUUUUAUGGAUCAAUUACAUGAAGAACUUAAAGAAAAAGAGUUGGAAGUAGUUCCAUCCAGACGUCAUUCAUACAAAGCCUCUUCGAGAAAACAAAGUAUUGAACAGAACCAUUUGAUGAUACCAGAGAAUGAUCAAGAUGAUUGUUCUGAUAAUGAUGAACUCAAAUCAUUGACAAAUGCUGACAGUAGUUCUGAGGGUGUAGAUGAAUAUGAGACAUGUGAUUCUGGUGUGAGUGAACGUAGUUCAUUAUCAGAAGAAAUGCCUGAACGUUUAAAUUUGACUAAUCAAUUACAACAACAUUUACUUACCAAAAUGAAUAAUGGAAACAAAACAAACCUAAUUCAAAAAAAUCGAAAAAUUCAAAUAAAAUAUAAAAGCAUUAUUUCUGAAAUAUUUGAUGGAAAACUUUUGAGUUCUGUUCAAUGUUUAACUUGCAAUCGAGUUUCUUCAAGAGUAGAGGCUUUCCAAGAUUUAUCACUACCAAUUCCAACUCGAGAUCAUAUCACAGUAUUACAUCAAAGUUCAUCCACUAAUAUAUGUGCUGUUCACAAAUUAGCUGAUGUUUAUACUAACCAACAAGUUUUUCAGAACUGGAUUUUUUGGUUUUGGGAUGUAAUGUAUAGAUGGUUUUGGGGUCCUACUGUUGGCCUUCAUGACUGCCUUGCUGCAUUUUUUAGUGCCGAUGAACUUAAAGGAGAUAAUAUGUACAGCUGUGAAAAAUGUAAAAAACUGCGCAAUGGUAUAAAAUUUUCUAAACUUCUUGAAUUACCAGAAGUUUUGUGCAUCCAUUUGAAACGUUUUCGUCAUGAAUUAAUGUUUUCUUCUAAAAUAACUUCUUAUGUAACAUUUCCCAUUGAUGGAUUAGAUUUAAAACCUUAUGUUCACAAAGAUUGUACAUCUCAAGUUACAACUUAUAAAUUAGUCUCAGUUAUAUGUCAUCAUGGAACAAUAGGUAGUGGUGGGCAUUAUACAUGUUACUCUUUAAACCCUAUAAAUGAACAGUGGUAUGAAUUUGAUGACCAGUGUGUUACAUUGGUAUCUGCAGAAAUUGUUCGUAAUUCUGAAGCGUAUGUUCUCUUUUACAAGAAAAAUAGUCCAACAACUAACAGAAUCAGAACACAAAUGAGACAAGUACAAAUGAAUAAGCCAAGUUGCUCCCAAGAAGCUUGCUUUAUUUCUACUAGAUGGCUCUCAAAAUUCAAUUCAUUUGCAGAACCAGGGCCAAUUGAUAAUUAUGAUUUUAUGUGUCAUCAUAAUAAAAUAAAGCCAAAAUAUGAGACACAAAUUAAUCAUUAUACUUCAAUGAUAUCAGGCCAGAUUUGGGAUUAUUUACAGAACAAAUUUGGUGGUGGUCCCAAGUGUACUAAUAAUCAACUACAAAGAUGUGAUAUUUGUUAUGGAGAAUAUAUUGAUAUAUUGUUAAGAAAAAGAGCAGAAAUAGAAGCUAAACAUUUUGCUCGACUGGGAGAUGAAUCUAAUUCUCAUGAUUUAUUUGUUGAUAAUGCUAUUUCAAUGUGUUGGAUUAAGCGUUGGGAGGCUUUCUUAAAUGGUAAUGUUAAUGAACCACCUGGUCCUAUAGACAACUCUAAAUUAUUAAGCAAUUCUAAUAAAAAAGUUUCUGGAUAUGAUUAUGUAUCUGUCAGUGAAAGUCAGUGGGAUUACUUAUGGAGAAUUUAUGGAGGUGGCCCUAUGAUUGAUGUUAAUGAUCUUCAGAAUUUGGCUUCAAAUAUUGAAUCUGAUGAUAAUUUAAUGAAUGAAGAUACAAAUGAAAUGUGUAAUAUUAUUAAUGAAAAACUAGAGGUCGAUGUAGAUGAUGACAGAGCAAUGGAGACUGAAGAUAAAAAAGAAAUUAUUCGUUUUGAUUCUGGUGAUCAACAUAUUAAAGUUAUACCAAAUAAAAAUGAGCUAAUAGAAGAAGAAAUGAGUUCAUAAUUAAGUAUUUAUAUAUUUUGCUUUUUUUAAGAACACUUUUUUGUCAAUUAUUGGGUACCCAACUUUAUAUCUGGAUGAUAUAGCCAUUAAGCCAAUUUUAAAGAGUCAUAGCUAUUAAAUUUUUUAUUUAUUUUUGGGAAAUGUUACCUAAAAUAGCGCUAUUCUUUUAAAACCUACCAUUUUUAUCUCUAAGGUGUUUAUUUUGUUUGUUAUAUAGUUACACAUUUUAUUGUUGUUUAAAACUGGGUGGCAUUUUCCCAUUUGGGUUUACUAAAGUUUUAUUAUCAAUGAUUGUUUUUUCUUGUUACUUUAUAUUAUUUAUUAUUUUACUUUGAGGGAUUAACCCUUAUUAUUACUUUAGAAUUCUACCAGUACAAUUCUAUAAAAUAAAAGACAUCAUUUGUAUAA